GCGAGUCAGGAACCAUAAAAAAUUGGCUAAUCGUAAAUAAGAAAAAAUUAGAUCUUGCCGCACUCCUUCGCCGCCGAUGAUGAGCCGAUCGAAAUUGGAGCCGCCGUCUCAUCAGGCGCCGUGCAUCCCCAAAUAUGCGUCUCCCGACACCUCCAAAAGGAAAGCAUAUUCUUCUUCUUGUUCUCCGAAGAUGGAGAUGGACCCUGACGUUGUUGAAAUUCUUCCCCCAAUUCACCGAACUUCCAGAUUGGUUAAGCAAAAUCAGGCCAUUCCACAGGAUGUGAUUGAAAUUGACAACGACGAUGAUUGCGAGGAUUUAAUGAUAAUUGGUGAAAAAGUUGGUAAAAGUAACAAGGGGAAGACAAUUGAAUCUAUUCACAAUGGCUAUGGCAAUCAAGUUGUGGAAAGUGGGUUUGAGACUUCUACUGGUCAUUCUUCGGUACCACAUAACCUAACUAGUGUUGAUGCUCAUGUUGCGGAUCUAUCAUAUGAUGAUGAUGAGGAUGCUGAUGAUGACUACAUUGAUUUUAUUUCUGAAGAGUAUGCACAAGUCGAUGAGUAUGCUUUAUUACAGGCACACUUUGAUAAUGUGGAUAUACCUCCCGGAAUUGAGGCACCGUUUACUUGGUUGCCAGAAUAUGAACAAGGUUUGAAGCAAACUGGGAAUAGUUCUUUGCAUCCUUGGUAUCCUACACAAUCAGAUGCUGAAAUUCCUCAGGUGAUAGAGUCAGCUAAAUCUAAAAUCAUAGGAUCUUCAACAGGUGCUUCUAAUUUUCAAAUGAACAUGGGUGAUGUUGAUCACUCCUCUGGAAUAAAUUUGGCUUCUCAAUCUGCUCAUAGUAAGAAGAAAGUAGCUAAUUCACAACGCAGGGUUCGUGGUUCGCACACAUUAUCAGGACCCCACUCAUCUAAGUCUCAAUGGUUUUCAGGACCUUUCCAUGUUAAAAAGACACCUGCUAUUGGUUUCGUCGGCAAUUCAGAGGCUGUGAAACCACCACCGGCAGGUGCACCACCAUUUUGGAGGAAAUUUAAAACUGCUAAGAAGCUAGGUGGCAGUAGCAGUUUGUACCAUCCAAGUUUCAUUGGACAGAAUGGAUCAUUUCAUCCACCAGGAAUGGAAUCAAAAGGCCCAUGGUCAACAAAUUUUCAGAAUUUUAUGCCAACUUUUUCUGAUUACAAUGCUAAUUCAACUAGCUAUGGUCCACUUGAUUUUCUUCAUCCUCCUCCUGGGCAUAUGCAGUUUAACACAUCGGUUCACAAUUCUGCCGGAGAAGGAAAUAGUGGAGAUAGCCCAGUUGUGGCCAUCUCUGAUGAAGAUCGGGAUGAAAUCAUGAUGAAAUUUCGAAGUUUUAAACAAUUUGACACUGUUGAAGAUCCAUCAGAUCAUCGCUUUGUUGGCUAUAACUCUUCCUUGAAGCAGCAUCCAAAGAAUUGGGCUAAAAAAAUCCAGGAUGAGUGGAAGAUUUUGGAGAAGGAUUUGCCAGAUACAAUAUUUGUCCGAGUUUAUGAAUCAAGGAUGGAUCUUUUGAGGGCCGUUAUUAUCGGAGCAGUGGGGACUCCUUAUCAUGAUGGUCUUUUCUUCUUUGAUGUUUUCUUCCCCAGUGGCUAUCCCAAUGUACCGCCGCAAGUUUACUACCACUCUGGAGGUCUUCGACUCAACCCGAACUUGUAUAAUUGUGGCAAAGUAUGCCUUAGCCUGCUUAAUACCUGGUCUGGCAACAAGAACGAGAAGUGGCUUCCAGGUGUUUCAACAAUUCUGCAGGUUCUGGUCUCUAUACAAGGUCUAAUUCUCAAUACGAAGCCUUACUUUAACGAACCUGGAUAUGCACACAUGAGUGGUUCCGCAAAUGGUGAAACAAAGUCCCUGCAGUAUAAUGAGGACACAUUCAUCCUUUCAUUAAGAACAAUGAUGUAUAUGAUGAAAAGGCCCCCCAAGCAUUUUGAGAACUUUGUUACGGGGCAUUUCUAUAGCCGAGCUCAUGAUAUUCUAGUGGCAUGCAAAGCGUACAUGGAGGGUGCGCAAGUUGGAUGUUUGGUCAAGGGUGGGGUUCAGGAUGUCGACGAAGGCGACAAAAGCUGCUCGAAGCAGUUCAAGGAAUCUCUAACUGGAUAUGUGAGUAUGAUUGUCAAAGAGUUUGCAAAAAUUGGAGUUAAGGACUGUGAGAAGUUCCUCUCCACCAAAAAAAUAGUGAACAAGCCUUUGUCUUUGCCUGCAGCCUGAACAUUCUCAUUGUGAUUACCAAUUUUGAGACUUUGAUACAAAAGGCUUAUUAACUAAAUAGAAGGUUUAUGUUUAAGUGGCUAACACUUUCAGGGCACUGCUUUCUGCACAUAUUCUGGAUGAUGUAUAUAGUUACAGUUGCAGAUAAAUAUUUAAAGGACAUUGCUAAGGUCACAGGAGAUAAAUAUGUCUAUUCAUGAUCUCAAUUUGGCUUC